UAAAACCCGUUGAGGUAUUCUAGAUCCUUCCAUUGCCCAGACCCUUUGUCCACAUAUAUACGCAUCACUUCAAGAACUGCUUUUUCUCCCUUUCUUCCACAAUAAUUUCGUCCAAAAAAAAUAAAAAAUAAAAAAAAAAAUUCAUAAAGAAAGGAAAACUAGAAUGGAUUCAUCAGAAUCACAUGUGGAGUCGGAAUCGGAAUCACUCGACAUAGAUUUCAUCGAAGAUCUAAGCAGUAGAGCCGGCGCCACCGCCUUACUCCUCCCUCGGAUCAUCCGCCUGGCCACCGCCGCCUCCAACACCUCCGCCACCCGGGAAAUCGCGGUGUUUGUAAACCAAGCCAGGGGCUCCGUAACCCUGAUUGAAGGCUCCGUCGACGUUGAGUCGAUCCUCCGCGAAAUCCCGUCCAAAGAAGGACCUUUACCCGCAUCAAAGGCUUCAAUAGAGUCUUUGCCGGUUGUGAAAGUGACUGAACCGGAUUUGGAGUGCUCGAUUUGCUUGGAGGAGUUCGAGGUCGACGGAGAAGUCAAAGAGAUGCCUUGCAAGCAUAAAUUUCAUUCAGGUUGUAUCGAUAAAUGGUUAGGGCUACAUGGAUCAUGCCCGGUUUGUCGGUACAAGAUGCCGGUGGAGGAUAAGAAGGAAGGUGAAUCUGGUGAGGAUGAAUUAAGGAGAGGAGGCGGCGGACUGAGAAUUCACGUGUUUCUAGCACGCGGCAGUGAGACGAGGGAGGAGGAUGCGGAUUCGGAUCUUAAUACGGAGUCGGGUCAGGGUGACGGGGAAUCGGGGGAUGAGAAUCCGGGUUCUGAAACUGGGAUUGAUGAUUUGCCAGCUCAACAAAUGGAUACAGAUUGAUGUAUUUAGUGUACAUAAGUACAGAUGGUUUGAAUUAUCAAAUGAAAGGAACUUUUUUUCGUGUUCUUAAA